GACACAUCUAUGGCGCGCGUGGUCUGCUUGAUCCGCGCACGACCGCGUUAAACAUGGAUUCUAUCACCCGAUGCUUGCCAUAUGUCUUUCCAAUUAUCCUAGUGUAUUUUUCGCCUCACAACUCGUUUUUGUCUUGUUUCCUUCCGUCACCACCAGCUCUCCAGCUUCCAACACACACUUUCGUUCACCCUCUUUGCCUCCUUUUCUCGCCAAACAACGAUGGCCACUCCUCGCUCCGCUCCCCGCAAGGCCGGUGCCCACAAGUCGCACCACAAGCCGAAGCGCACGUGGAACGUGUACGUCAGCCGCUCCCUCAAGGCGAUCAACAGCCAGAUGUCCAUGUCGGGCCGCACGAUGAAGAUCGUGAACUCGUACGUGAACGACGUGCUGGAGCGCAUCGCGACGGAAGCCGCGUCGAUUGUGCGCGCGAACAAGAAGCGCACCCUUGGCGCUCGCGAGGUGCAGACGGCCGUGCGCAUUGUGCUGCCGGCUGAGCUGGCGAAGCACGCCAUGGCCGAGGGCACGAAGGCCGUGUCGAACUCGUCGCGUUAA